UAUUUACCCCAGAUCGUGUGUCGAAGAACUUUGAACUGGAUUGAAGAACUUUGGGAAUGACAAAGAAUUCCUAUGAAGAACUAUGCAGUGUGUUCAAGAGCUUUGAACUGCUAUGAAGAACGUUAGAAAUUUGAAGUCCUUUGAAGAACUUUGAACCUUUGAAGAACUUUGAGCUUUAAACUGUGGUGUAAAGAAACUAUUAGGAGCAGAAGUUGGCAAAGGAAAAAGAGGAAAGUUGAUUUGGGCGGCAGUAAGGCAAAGAAGAACACUUCAGAGCUGAGAUAUGGAGCAGAGCGGAGGUCAUCUGGAGCAGGAACUGAUCUGCUGUCCGAUCUGUCUCGAUUCACUCACAAAUCCUGUGACUAUUCCCUGUGGACACAGCUUCUGUAUGAAGUGUAUUAAAACCAACUGGGAUGUACAAGAAGACAACAGUAGCUGCAGCUGCCCUCAGUGUAGACGGACCUUUAUACCGAGGCCCAAUCUGGUGAAAAACAUCAUGUUUGCAGCUUUGGUGGAGAAGCUGAAGAGGACCGGACUACAACCCGCUCCUGCGGAUAACUGCUACGCUGGACCGGGGGAUGUGACCUGUGAUGUCUGCACAAGGAGGAAAAUUAAAGCCUUUAAAACGUGUUUGCUUUGUUUGGUGUCAUACUGUGAGAAACACCUCCGGCCUCAUUAUGAAUCGCCUCCAUUAAAAAAACACACGCUGUUAGACGUCCAGGAGACGUUCUGCCGCACGGCUCAGCACAUGGACUCAAAGGGAAAGAGCGCCCAGCAGAGUCGCCAGGACAGAGUGGUGAAAGAGGUGACGCCGAGGCAAGGAAGUUUUGUUUAUCAAGUACAUUUCAUACACCAACAGAUAAAAGACACAGAGACGGAGUGAAAAAUAAAUAAAUGGUUUAAAACAGGACACACUCACUGAUGUUGUUUUACCACCCUGUCAGAUACAGAACAAACAUGAGUCCAAGUCUAUCAUGGAUAGAGGAGCUCCCUAAACACCUGAAGCUUCAGCAGCUGAUGGACCAAAACAAAAAACAGUUGCAGAGACUGAAAGAAAAACGUGAAAAGGUGUCAGCAUUGGAGAGCCAGAUCAAGGCAAUUCAAAAUGAAUUAAAGGGACUGGCCUCUGAAGUCAAACAAUUGGGGAAGGAGUUGGAAAAGACAGAGUGCGAGAGCAGAGACAAAAGGUCCCCUCAAGAAGUCAACAUAAAACACUUAGGAAUUAAAAUUAAGAUAGAAAAAUUAGAAGAAAGGUUAAAAGAGUCUGCCCUUGCUCCUGGGACAAUGACGCAGGAAAGUGAACAGACACUGGGAGCAGCACAGAGGCCAAGGGGGCCUCAGUUCAGACCAAGGCAAAUUGUACAACAGAUCCAGAUACUGGGAGCAGCACAGAGGCCACAGCGGAUUUGGAUGAACAUAGGCCUCCAAUAUUCUUGUCAGACCCAGGCUUCAACAAGCAGCGAGACACCUGGCCGUAGCAGGAGCAGAAGAUAAAGAAAUGGAAAGACACACAUGCGCGACUCUCCACACCUCGACACUUGCUCUGUCUUUUUAUACCUUUUUGUAAGGUAAAAAGGCCCCAAGCCCCUGACGUCCUUCAAUUUAAUCCAUCCUCCAGCCUGCUCUCUUUCCAAGUUCUCACUUUAUCUCAAUCAUGGACUCCUGUGGAGAAAUUAUGGCUGCCGAGGAUGGACUCCUCGCCCCCAGGUGCAGCCCCGGUCGCUCUGAUCUCAGCGGACUGUACUAUCUGGGUCGGACGUUGGGAAGGGGUCACUUUGCGGUGGUUAAACUGGCUCGUCAUGUAAACACUGGCCAACUGGUGGCUAUCAAGAUGAUUGACAAGACAAAACUUGAUGUCAUGGCAACGAGUCACCUCUUACAGGAAGUGAGGUGCAUGAGGCUUGUGCAGCAUCCCAAUGUGGUCCGACUCUACGAGGUCAUUGACACGCCCACCACCCUGCACCUGGUCAUGGAGCUCGCUGAGGGGGGCGACCUUUACGACUACAUCCUCCGCCACGAGGGAGGCGUGGCCGAGGGAACCGCCAAGCGCCAUUUCGCGCAAAUUGUGCGUGCUGUGGCGUACUGCCACCAGCUGCACGUGGUACACCGGGACUUGAAACCAGAGAAUGUGGUGUUCUUUCCACAGCAGGGUGCCGUGAAGCUGACAGACUUUGGUUUCAGCAACUUAUUCCAACCUGGGACAAUGUUGGCCACCAGCUGUGGGUCGCUAGCGUACUCUGCCCCAGAGAUUCUGCUGGGAGAAGAAUAUGAUGCGCCAGCUGUCGAUAUCUGGUCUCUGGGGGUGAUCCUCUACAUGCUGGUGUGUGGGGUUCCUCCCUUUCAGGAAACCAACGACAGCGAGACCCUGGUGAUGAUUCUGGACUGUCGUUACUCUGUCCCUGAACACGUCUCCAGCGGCUGCAGAGACCUGAUCUCGAGCAUGCUCCAGAAGGAUCCCUGUCGCCGUGCCUCACUGGACGAGAUCGAGGCUCACAACUGGCUCCAAGGUUUGGAGAAUGUGCUGCUUAGCCCAGAGGCUCCACCCCACUGGCUCUCAGGGGCGUUGUCGCUCAGCGCUCCCCUCUCGGGAGCGCCAGAAAGCGGGGACCUGCUGGCCGCAAAGCCCCGCCCUCUGAAGUCUUUUCCCGGGCCCUGGCAGCCGAGUCUCAGCCUCACCCUCCGUCCACCUCCUGUGGAGGAGCCCACUGUCCCCAAGAACGUGCCUGCUCUUCAGCAGAUCUGUGAGGAGGAGGACGAGGAGGAGGAGGAGGAGAAAGAGGAGGGUAGUUUGGACGAAGGAGAAAGUCUGGCAUCUCCGUUCGCAGCAGAACCAGAGAAGGAAGCUGAGGAGAUGCUUGACGGAGCAGAAGAUCAAGUCUGCAGAGAACAAUGCAAGAGAGAGAAGAAGUGUGGAAGCUCAGUGGAGAUGAUAGAGGAGGAGGAGGAGGAGGAGGAGGACAACGAAGAGGCAGAGACGGAGAUGGAAUUAGAGAUUAAAGACAGUGGAAGUGUAAUUGCGUACCAGCCAACGAGUCACGUAGACAAAUCAGUCAGUCAGACCCCUGAAGUCCCAUCAUGGUCUCUGCCCGGCCUGGUCCCGUGUUGUCAGGGGCAACCGGACAACCAGACAACUGCAGAGGAAGGAAAGGACGAGGAGGUGGAACCCAACAACAACACCAACAAACCUCCUUCCUCCCUCCCUGCGUCCGCUGCCCGACUCAGCCUGAACUGCAAAGACGCAGGAAGCGAGGGAGCACGGGAAGAAACGACAAAGGAAGGGGUAAAGGACGACCUCUUAACAGACAGAUCGCCCCCCCACAAUGCACUUGGGACCCGCGACGAGGCAACACCCAGGGUGGAGCCGGGGAAGCGGCACAGCAUAAAGCUGCGCGAGAGACUCUUUCAGUUCCCGCUGUGCGAGAAAGCUCUGGCCCUCAACAUACCGACACACAACAAGCCCAAGAUCCUGCCGCUGGCUCAGUACAACUGCUGCCGUGUGCUGUGAGUGGAAACCUCGGCCGGGCUGCCGUCUGUCACCUGCUGCUCCAACACUCGGGACAUGGAUGUUGUUUAGCAUUCAGCGAGCGGCUGACCACCGAGCACAGUGUGUGUGUGUGUGUGUCUGUUAGAAGUGGCAAAGAGCCGAGUUUCCUGCUGAGUCUUUCUGCUGCAGAGACCUUGAGACAUGAAAGCCUGAAACCACCAAGUGUACAGGACGGGACGUGUACAGCCGCGUUAUA